AUGUCCGAUCAAGACUACAACAAGUGGUCGAGCCUUGACGAUGACAAGAAGAGCGAGAUCCUGUACAGCUUCGAUGAGGAUGGCCAAAUCAUUCUCGGAAAAGUGCAGGACUCGAUCGAUGUGUGCUCCAAGGCAGGAGGUGGUGCGAUCGUCAACACCUCCACCAAUGCGAUCGCCGACCUUCCCAUCUAUCUAUGUGCCCUGCUCCCCGGAAGCAGUCUGGACAACCUCACGAAGACAUUGACCGAAGAGAUGAAUACUAAGCCCGGCGCGUACCGUAUGCUCGACACGCGGGGCAGCUCCGCGGCGCUCACUGCCGCUCUCCCUCCCUCUCAAAUGGGAGCAUGGUGGUGGCUCCCACUCUUGGGCUCUGUAGCACUGGCCGCCAUCUGCUGA